UCAGGCAUCCACGGGAGGUCUUUGAAGGCAUAACCUGAAGUUUAAGACUAUAGUGUAUAGUUACCGCUAGACAAGAACAGAAAUUUGGUUUCCUCCUUCAGGGCCAUAGGGAGAGAGUAGCAGCAGUUACAUGACUUUGGGCACCCUGGGUACAGUCAGUGUAUAACACACAUUACACAGGCAUUCUUCAGCGAUCAUAUUUGCCACUCAUAAUCAGUGUCUCACAGUAACCCUGAUAGCCAGCCCACGAUCAACAAACUGUAGCUAAAUGCCACUGCUCCGAAUUCGAAAUUUAAAGUACAGUUUCUAACCCAAAUACAUAUCACUUUCUCAUCAUUGUAAGGUCGAAAAGUUGUUAAGUAGAACACCCCUAAGGGAGGGGCCAUUGGUACUGUGAAACCAGAAGGGCCCUUGUGAGCCUCCAGCUUGUACCUUUGGACAAAUGGGUGUGUCCGCCACCUAUUCUGAGGCCACCGGAGAGAAGCAUCAAGGGGAUGGACAGCAGAGCAUCAAUAAAUAAGAAGCCUGGUCUCUCCCGGGGGCGAAAGGAACUUCUGUCGUCAUUUUAGGGCGGCCUUUUGUUUUAUAAACAGAGGAGAAGCAGGGGUUUGUCUCGUCACACAGCGCUGCUUCCGGAUCCAGGUCUGGACUCUGAGUCUGUCCACUUUGAGCUCAUUCCACCACAGACCAUUCAUUUUACCUCAGAGCCAGGCUACAUUGUAUGCCUGAUUGCUAAACUUGCCCCAGCCAAGAACGAAAGAAACUUCCCACAAGAUGAAAAGGUGCCCUUUCUGACCAGAGUCCAGGAUCCUCUGGGGCCUGUUUAGCCUGCUUUCCCAUUGGCUCCUGGGACCCACCCCUUUGGGUUCCGCCCCCUUGGGUUCCGCCCCUUGCCUCACAGCUCUCUGAGGGAAGACAUUCCUUGGGAGGCACCUGGCACUAUGACUGCCAAGCCAGUCCUCUACUCCUAUUUCCGAAGCUCCUGUUCAUGGAGAGUUCGAAUCGCUCUGGCACUGAAAGGCAUUGAGUAUGAGACAGUACCCAUCAACCUCGUAAAGGAUGGGGGGCAACAGUUCUCUGAGGAGUUUCAGACCCUGAAUCCCAUGAAGCAAGUGCCAGCCCUGAAGAUCGAUGGAAUCAUCAUUGGCCAGUCACUGGCCAUCUUGGAGUACCUGGAAGAGACUCGGCCCACCCCACGUCUCCUGCCUCAGGACCCACAGAAAAAAGCCAUUGUGCGCAUGAUUUCUGACCUCAUCGCUAGCGGCAUCCAGCCCCUUCAGAACCUGUCUGUCCUGAAGCAAGUGGGACAGGAGAACCAGCUGCCUUGGGCCCAGAGGGUUAUUACUUCUGGCUUUAAUGCUCUGGAGCAGAUUCUGCAGAGCACAGCAGGGAAGUACUGUGUAGGAGAUGAGGUGACCAUGGCUGAUGUGUGCCUAGUGCCCCAGGUGGCAAACGCUGAAAGGUUCAAGGUGGACCUCAGCCCCUACCCUACCAUCAGUCACAUCAACAAGGCCCUGCUGGCCUUAGAGGCUUUCCACGUGUCUCACCCCUGCCGACAGCCAGAUACACCCGCUGAGCUGAGGGCCUAGCUCCCAAACCAUGCCCUAUCCGUACAGGGAGGGGAAUAGGGCUCCAAUGCUGGAUAAGCCACACAGGCUCAGAAGGAAGAGGACUUGAACUUGACCUCUUCCCUCAGGAAGCAGCAGAAACUCUUGGAGUCCAUGACAUUUCUUUGAGGCCCCCAGUAUUAGAGUUUUCUCUCGAGAAAUGGAAUUAGUAGACGAUAUCUCCCCUUCAACUUGAUCCUGCCUUAAUCCUCUCAUCUGUCAUAAGUCAGGAGUGGGUGUGGGCAGAGACACGACCAGCUGUAGCGGCUAAUGCUGUCAACUUGAAAAACACCUAGAGUCACCUGGGAGGAUGUCUGUGGGGGGUUAAAUUGGUAAUGUUGAGGUGGGAAGACUGGCCCAUCAUGGGUGGUAGAGGACCCCCUAGGCAGAGGAUCCUGGAGCCUGUGAGAGUAGAGAGAGCGAGCUGAGCACCAGUGUGUCUGCAUUUGGUGCUGUCUUCUCCCGACUGCGGAUGCAAUAUGAUCAACUGCUCCCACUGAUGCCUUGACUUCCCUGCCGUUGUGGACUGUAACCUGAAAUCAUGAGC